AGAUUUAUUUUAUCCCCUUUUUAUUGUCAAUCAUAUCCUAUUAUUUGAAGGUAUCAAACUACAACUCCCUGUAGGUCUUGCUCCACUCCCAUCGGCCCCCCGCGCUCUCAGUUUCUUUUUCUGAAGGGUGAGCUGAUACCCAAGGAAGGACUACAAAUCCCAGGUGGCAGUGCGCCGUGCGAGGGCCCCUGAGGAGGAACCGGGAGCCGUCUCGCCCCGGGGAGUCAGCUGCUGCACCUGGCUCAGGGGGCCAUGGGGAAGCGAUACUUCUGUGACUACUGUGACCGAUCCUUCCAGGACAACCUCCACAACCGGAAAAAGCAUCUGAAUGGCCUGCAGCACCUCAAAGCCAAGAAGGUGUGGUACGACAUGUUCCGGGAUGCCGCUGCCAUCUUGCUGGAUGAACAGAACAAGCGGCCCUGCAGGAAGUUCCUCCUGACAGGUCAGUGUGACUUUGGCUCCAACUGCCGCUUUUCCCACAUGUCAGAGCGGGACUUGCAGGAGCUGAGCAUCCAGGUGGAGGAGGAGAGGCGGGCCCGGGAGUGGCCAGUGGACCCCCCCGAGCUCCCUGAAGGCAAUCUGGAAGACUGGCUGGAGAAGAGAAGCAAGCGGCUGAGCUCUGCCCCAAGCAGCAGGGCUGAACCCAUCAGAGCCACAGUCUUCCAGUACCCCAUGGGCUGGCCGCCAGUCCAGGAGCUGCCCCCCUCCCUGCGGGCACCUCCACCUGGGGGGUGGCCCCUGCAGCCCAGAGUCCAGUGGGGCUGAGCUCCUCACCCCCACCAGACCCCCCCCCACCCAGUCAACUAGCCCAUCACAAUAAAGGCAACUUUCAUAUUG